AUGCGCUUCACCACCGCGGUUCUGGCCUCCGUCGGCCUCGCCGCUGUUCAGGGACAUCCUCUCACAUCAAGAGAAGAUGCUGUAGGCUCGGGCUGUCGUGUCAGCCUAUCUCCUACACUCGAUCAACCUCAAAACGCUGCAUCAAACAUACUCUACAGCACCCUAUCUAAGUGGACUAAGAGCACAAACUCACUAUACUUCUCAUCGAGUUACUUAGACACCAGAAACACGACCAAGGCCCCCUAUUCCGUUAUGUUCAAGGCCAACAUGAUCCCAGACUACCAUACUGAGGAUUCAAUCGCCGCUGUCCUUGAGACGUGGAUGGGAACAUACCUCGUCGGCGGCGAGACACCUGCCAAGGAUGAUUAUGUUAUUACAAAAGUGACAUGCGCCUAG